AUGCACGUAGCCAGCGCGCGCUGCUGCGCGCGCGUCGCCACUGUCUUCUUCUCCUACUGCGCCACCCUCCGUCCCUUCCGCUUCGCCGUCGACAACUUGCGACGCAGAAUACCAUUACCAAUUGGCUUGACAUGUGUGCUGGCUGCUUUACUGAAUUUUCUGAAUUCCCACCGGUUGGGAGGGCUGGACAGAUUCCAGUUCGAGCAAGCUGGUGUCGCACGUUGGUAUCGGUGGUUGUGGCACACGAGAGCCACAACGCAAUUCUCUGGCAUACACACCCUAAAUGGCAAACUCGUGGUGCAACUGCGUGAAAACAAUGUGAAUUUGAGCAAGGUAUACAGCAUUAUUGGGACAUUUUUUGGCAGAAUCGAGAAUGUCCCUUUUACGAAAAGGUGUCUUCGAACUCUUUGUGGUAAAAUCUCCCGUGAUCAGGCAGACGAGGAUGUGAAGAAGACAAUGGAUAUAUUCUCUGAUCUGAAGGAGAAGGAUCCAGAGUUUGAUUAUUCGGUAAGAGUUGAUGGUGACAGCAGAAUAAGGACUCUCAUGUGGACAAACGGAAACAGUAAGUUGCAGUACCACCAUUUUGGUGAUGUCAUAACAUUUGACACAACAUAUAAGACAAACUUAUAUGACAUGCCAUUCGGACUAUUUGGUGGAGUGAAUAACCAUUUCCAGUCAGUAAUAUAUGCUGGAGUGCUGAUGAGGGAUGAGAAAGUUGAAAGCUUUAACUGGGUUUUCAAGGAGUUUGUGAAGAUGAUGGGUGGAAAGAACCCAAUUACAAUUCUAACAGAUCAGGCACGUGCAAUGGAGGUUGCCAUCGAGGAGGUGUUCCCUGAUGUAACACAUCGAUGGUGCAAAUGGCAUGUCAUGAAAAAAGCAAAGGAGAGUUUGGGUGUCCACUAUCAUAAGAAGAGUGAAUUCAGGAUAGAGUUUCACAAGCUAGUGCAAGAUAUGAUUACUGUACAAGAGUUUGAAGAUUCAUGGCAUGCUCUGGUAAAAAAACAUGGGCUUGAAAAGAAUACAUUCCUGAUCCAGAUUUUCGAGGUACGACACAAGUGGGCCAAGCCUUAUUUCGCUGGGAAAUUUUGUGCAAAGCAAACCAGUACUCAACGAAGUGAAAGUGCUAACCAUAUGUUGAAGAAUUACAUCCCACCCGGAUGUCCUAUGAACCUAUUCGUUAAGCAAUACCACAAAUUGCUCUUUGAUAGAGAUCAGGAAGAGGGUUUCCAAGAGAAGAGAACCAGAUUGGGUGGUGCAGUGUUGAAAGUUAACAUACCUCUUGAAAAGCAUGCUAGCAGAAUAUAUACAAGGACCAUGUUUGAAAUGUUUGGAUCGUUCCUUUUUGCUUCUGGAUCAUAUACGGUAGAGGAGCUGAUCCCGAAGAAAAAAUAUGUGGCAACACACCUGAAUGCAUCCAAAAGAGAAAAAUACCUUAAAUCUGUCUUUGAAAUAGAAGUUUCUGAGGAUGGCGAUUAUUUCACAUGUGAGUGUGGAUUAUUUGAGCACAUGGGUAUGGUUUGUUGUCAUAUAAUAAAGGUGAUGUGUGAACUAAGACUAAGUGAAAUUCCAAAAAAGCAUGUCAUGAAGAGAUGGACCCUAGAUGCAAGAGAUAUUUUACCUGAUCAUCUGAAGCACUAUCAGAAAGAUAUUGGUCUGAAUGAAACGCACACAUUUAGGCAUUCAAAGAUGUAUAUUGCUGCGCUUGAACUAGUGAAGAUGGGAGAUAUGAAUGUCGCCGCAUAUGAAGCUGUGAUGAAGUGCUUGAUCGAUGCUAAGCUUAAGGUCACACCUCUUUGUAAUAAAACAGAUGGAAUGAGUAUAGUGGAGAAGGCCGCAACCAUGGCUAAAUCCAAUGGGACAAGUGCAGUCCGUGCUAAUUCGAAUGGAGGAAGUACAGUUCGUGCUAAUUCAAAUGGAGGCAGUACAGUCCGUGCUAAAUCAAAUGGAGGAAGUGCAACACAUGGUACGGGUCGUCCCAAUUCAAAUAUACCAGCUGGUCCAGAAUUAUUUUCAGAGAAAGCAACUAAGGACAAAGAAAAAUAUGCGAUGUCAGAAGGAUCUUGUGUUGAUGGGGGAGAUGAUAGUUUGGAGUCAUUGAAUGAUGUUUACUCUCCAGAUAGGAGCCACCACGAUUUGGCACCGCCUCCAAGUAAAAAAAGACGAGGUCGUCCAACGACUGCAAGAGACAAAGCUCCAUAUGAAAACAAAAACAAGAGAUCAAGAUUCUGCACAAUUUGUAGGCUAGAAGGACAUAAACGUACAACCUGCCCAAUCAGAGGAGAUGCUCCCAUGAAGCCAAGGCAAGCUGCUAGAUGCAGCAAUUGUGGAAUUACAGGGCAUCGGAGGACAAGUUGCGUCAAACCAAUUAGUUUUCCUGGUUGAUUUGUGAAUUUUCUAUAUACAUAUUGAUUGUAAAAUUAAACCUACAAUUAUCGGAUGACUGCAUGUGUCAAAAAUAUGUAUCGUGUGUAACUGUAUUGAAUAUGUUUUCAGGUUUUUAAACUGAGGGCAAAAAAUUCAUUCGUGCUUUUCUUAGAAAAAAAUGAGAAGCAUGGUGCAGCAAUGUCAUGGCAGUCACAUGCCCAUUUGG